GACACAAGGAAUGUGUAAACGAGAUUUCAGCUUCCUCCAUCAGAAAUAUGAGUCAUAACGAUAUCAUGGACCUGGUGCCGGGAGUGUUCCGAAGUAUUGCCAAUGUGUCCUACAUGAGUCUGUCUUACAACAGCAUGAAGACGCUGAAGAAAGGCACAUUUCUGGGACUGUCCCGGGUAUCGUCGUUGGACAUCAAUAAUGUACCGAUUCGAUACAUGGAGCACGGCGCAUUAGAGGGAUUGACAGCGCUACGAUCAUUCGAACUGUCGUACAAUGCACUAGAGUUCGUUUACCCUGACACGUUCCAAGACCUUUCAUCUCUUCAGCACUUAUCCAUAACAGGUAAUUCUCUGUCAACGUUACAGAAAGGAACCUUCCAUGGACUUCACAACGUCACAGAUCUGAUUCUUGUCAGUGAUAACAUCUCAAAGGUGGAGCCAGGGGCUUUCCAAGGACUGGACAAUUUGAUAUAUAUGGAUCUUGGCAACAACACCUUUACGGAUCUGCAGGCCGAUACUUUUGCUGGGUUGUCAAAGCUUCAAGUACUGUGGAUGAGUCACGUGCCAUUGAGAUACAUUGAGCCUGGGACAUUCAAGGGACUCUCCAAUGUGGUUUCUCUAAACAUUCUACAUGCCGAUUUGGAAGCACCAACCAUGGGGAUACUCGAUGGUCUUGACAACUUGGCCUCAUUGUCCACCCGUGAUUACCGCCUUUGUUGUCUCCUUGAUCCUGCGCGAAAUGUCUCCUGCAUUGGUCCUACAGAAUCCUUCUCAACUUGUCAACGCCUUAUGCCCAAUACCAUCCUCCGCGUGGCCAUUUGGCUGCUAGGUAUAAGCGCUAUCUUGGGUAACCUCUACGUGAUCGCGCAACGAGCAGUCAAGAAGGGUUGGCGCGAACUGACGGUUCAGUCUAUCCUUAUCACGCACCUGGCUAUCUCAGACGCCUUAAUGGGCGCCUAUAUGAUUGCUUUAGGCGCUGCAGACCUACACUUCGGCGCCAGCUAUUUUUUGUCGGCUGAGGCGUGGCGUACGGGCACAUGGUGUAAAGUGAUCGGCUUUCUGUCUAUGUUGUCUUCAGAGGCUUCUGUGUUCCUUGUCAUGCUGAUCAGCAUAGAUAGGUUCAUCAGCAUCGCCUUUCCCUUUAGUCGUUUCCGACUGGAGGCGCGGUUUGUCCGCUUCACCAUUGCUGUGUUCUGGCUGAUUGCCUUCGCCUUGAGUCUGACCGGCUCUAUCAUGGCCGGUAAAAUGCCUUCCUUCUACGGUCUAUCGGAUGUUUGCGUCGGUCUACCACUUAUCACCACCCCAGUCAACCAGACCACUACCUGGACCUACAUUCGUGAGACAGGCACCUACGCUUACAACGCUUCCGCGACUGGCACUCAGCCAGCCUGGGCUUUCUCUGUGUUCCUGUACCUCGGCCUUAAUUUCGUCUGUUUUAUCGUAGUUCUGGUGUGCUACGUCUUGAUCUUUAUUAUCGUUCGGCGGUCAUCACGGGAUGUGGCUCGGCGGGGUAAGAUGGCUGGUAAGCCCAGUAACGGCGUCUAUGGAGGCGCCUCAUCACAACGUAGCGUGACCUUCUCUAGGGAGGUCAAGCUAGCCAGCCGCAUGGCUCUCGUUGUGGGUACGGAUUUCUUUUGCUGGAUGCCAGUCAUCAUCAUGGGAAUCCUGACACAGAGUGGGAUGAUCAGCGUACCUGAGGAACUCUACGCGUGGACUGUGGUCUUCAUACUCCCAAUCAACUCCUCGCUGAAUCCCUACUUGUACACCAUAUCUGAAUUGUGCUCCAAGCAGCGCAAGAAGUCCAAGAAGAGCACCAAGUGCAUUCGCAUGACCUGCACGCUCAAUAGGUUGUCAGACAACGACCGAACUGUGAACGCCGCAGUUGACUCGGAUACAGUGGCCGGCUACAUUGGGCGAUGAUCUUAACGUAGCCAGAUGUAUCAUCCUGGGAAUGUUCAGGGUUGCCCAAACAUGCAUGCCUCUGUGGUCUCCUAUUCAUUGUAGAUAUUUGAACCUGCUGGGCUUCGCCGGUAGGCCUGUACGUGCUUGCCGAGCAGCAAGCCGCUAUAACCUCCUGCAAUUAUUGUGUCAUUUAUUUAUUUAAUAAUUUAUUUCGUGUGAUUUUACCAGGGUAGGCCCAUCAGUUGUCAAUGAACUGUUCUCCCUUGGGGCCCUGGAUUAUAUGAAAACAUGAUAUAAUAAUGAAAACAAAUGACAAAACAUACAAUCGCUGCUGGAUUAACAAACUCCGCGUAAAUCUCGAUGUCUUGUGCUCCCUUACCACGUUCUCAAAUUAUAACCCACCAUUCCACUUCUUUAAUGCAUGGGGAAGAAAGUGGACUCUUCAUUUCCACACUGAACCGAUAUAUCCAUACGAGACUAUACAUGUUAGGUGGACUUUUUAUCUGCCAAUGCGAUACUGAACCGAUUAUGAACUGGUAGUGUAGGAUGCCUCGAGGCUGCCAUUACAGUAGUGAUGUAUUUGGCAAAGUGCUGCAUGCGACUACAGGCCAGCUGGACGAGCAAACAGCACAGCACAUCGAGCAUACUUAUAUCACCUGAACCCAAGACAUUAAGGUGAACGUAUUUUGGUAAACACACAUGCAAGAAGAGUGGAUGCAAAACAUCCAUUCUUAAAAAAAUAUAGUAUCCGCCUUUUCUGUGGAAAAUGGGUACCGUUUUUUGAAAGUGGAAUUAUUGAUUGACAUGUUUGACAAAAGUUCCAAAAAGUGCACCGACGCUAUAAAAAAGUAAAUUUCGAAAGUGAUGUAUAAUCGUCAAUAUUGAUAUUUUUAUGAAAAUGUGCGGUUGUAAACUUUAUUUACUUCAUUGUUUAAAUUGCCAGAAUCAUAAAGAGAGAUUUUGUAUUACUGCUUGAAAUUGAUGUGAUGCAGUUUAUUUUUAAAUUACUUUCAGAAAGUAUAUUGAUAUUGAUAUCAUUUAUUACAUCAUUGUACAUGUAUUUCAUAGUUUUUAUAGAGUAGUGUCGGGACUCUUUGGUUGGGAACAUUAUAUCAAUUCUUUGGUGUGGUUUCGCAACGUGUGUGUUAGACUGAAGCAAAGGCGCGUGUUCUUGGGCAGGGCAAUUCAUCUCGAUGAGCACGGUGAUAUUGUUCUGUAGCGCAUUACAGUAUCACAUUUUAAAAUUAAUGUAUAUAGAAUAAUUCUUAAUCACGAUUAUAAGAAAUUGUUGGGUGGUAUCGCACCAGAAGCAAAUCUUUAUUUUUGUAAAUAUCUUUUCUAAUCAAUGACCUGUCGUAACGAACGGAUCAUGUGGUGUCAAUAUCUUACAUGACGUAUACACGGCUAGCCGAUGGGGGCGCUAUAAUAUAGCCCUAAAAAUUAAACCAAGCAUUGUAGAUAAUGUACAUUUUGACUGGAGUAAUUUCUAAUACGAUUUAUUGAUUUAUCAUUGUAACAGAUCCGUAAAGUGUCAUUAUUCCUGUUCGAAGAAGAAAAGUGUAAAAUAGAUAUAAUAUGAAAGAAAUAUUUUAAUGUAGAUUUGAAGCACUGGUAUCUCUAAUCAAUUCCUAAUAAUGUACUGGGAAUAAUUAUUUGCCUUAUAAAUAAUUAAUAUAAUGUUAUCAUAUUUACAACCAAAGACAAUGUUUGAGUAGCUUUAGACCAUUGGAAACGUAUUUUCAACUAUUUUUCAUUCCCCGAACUGUACUUUCGAGGUUAUGUCAUUUAUGGAAGUAAAGAAUCGGACCUUGCAAGGACAUGAGCGUCUGAGUAUGGUGACUUGCUUUCAAAACAUGAAAUUAUUGCACGAGUUUUCUGUGCACUUGCUGUUGACAAAAUGAUACAGGGCCAAUGCUUGUGUGCUGAUAUAGCACAAAGUUGUACAAAAGAAAAGGGGUCAGGAAAGUAAAGAAUUCGCACAAAGUUGUCGAUGAAUGUGUGCAAAAGGAAACUUUCUUAUAAUUGAUAUUGUGAAUAAUUUUGAAAGAAAUGGAAAGAAUAUGAAGAAUGGAGGCAAACAUUUUGUUUUGGGAAGAACAAUGAAUUUGGGGAGAACUUAAAAUAAAUAAAUGCGUUCUGCAAUUUAAUUAGCAAGGUUGUUAUGAAUGAUUUUUAACUAUUUUGUAAAUUUUAGCAAUUUGAGUUUUCGUAGUCUUUCCGGAACUUUAUCUGUCUCACUACCGUUUUGGAGGGAAGGAGAGGUUGUUUCGUUAUUAAACAUUUUGAUCCAUUUACAAAAUAUCUUAUUUGAACAAUUUUUAUAUUUACUAUGGUUUCUAACAAGUUAAAUACUGUCUUAUUUAAUAUUUUACAUUUUUUUCUCCGUCCUUUUUUUAACAUUAAUUUGGUAUUUACAAUUUCAUAGUAUUAAAUCUUUUUUAUUGUGAGAUUUGUAAGUCAUUGAUACGCAAUUUCAAAACUCACGGGUCGAAAUAUUUUUCGUGCUCCUCAGCUGGUUUGAUUAUCUUUCUCCUGACGAAUUUUGAAUCGGAAUGAUUUGUUUUCACCAACAAAAACUGUACAUGAGCAUGAAAGUAUAUUAUAAUUUCAUUUUAAUUGGUUUAUUCGCAAUUGCUAAUUUUGGAAUUGCAGCUGUGAACAUUAGCCAAAAGUGUUGAUUCGCCUUUUGCUUACACAAAAUGUGGCCUAUAUUGCAAUUUUUUUGAAAAUCUAUAGAUAUUAUUAAUCUGUUGACUGCUUCUAUUUGAUGGAGACAAAUAAGGACUUUGAGAGAUCAGUUAAAGCGUGUAUGACAAUUGAAAUUUGUACUUUUGUUUAUUGUAAAGGUAAAUUCAUUGGUUGUUCAUCAGUAUCUGUCUAUGACAUCGGUUGAAUAAUUGAAUUUCCUGAAGUUAAAACCAAUUGUUUUUAUUUACUGGUUUGAAAUUGUCUAAAAUAUAAUGCUUUUAUUGGCAUAUAAUAAUAUUGGA